UGGAUGAUGGACACAUGCAUGGCAUGGGAGGGAUGGCACCCCCACCAUCAUCCACUAAUGGCACCAUGAUGAUGAUGCACCAUAAGAUGAUGAUGCACAUGACCUUCUAUUGGGGGAAAGAGGCAGAGGUUCUGUUUAACAAUUGGCCUGGGGACAGAACUGGCAUGUACGUGUUGUCUUUGGUUUUUGUAUUCGUGAUGUCUGUUCUCGUCGAGGUACUUUCUCACACCCGGUUCAUUAAACCCGGGUCGAACCAUGUCGUGGCCGGUCUGGUUCAGACCCUGAUGCAUCUCCUCAGGGUUGGGCUUUCUAACUUGGUCAUGCUAGCGCUCAUGUCUUUCAAUGGGGGAGUUUUCUUGGUUGCUGUGUUCGGUCACGCUCUGGGGUUCUUGUUUUUUAGCAGGGCUUUCAAAAAACCGCUCAAAGAUGAGGGGUUUGAUCUUCCUCCAAUGACUUGUUAG